AUGGCCGCCAUUCAACCGCGCAGAUUCAACUCGCUAAUCAAUCCCAUCAACUCGAGUCCGGUCAUUGUCGAAGACCAACCCCCAUCUUCAGGCCCUCUGUUUCUGGCUCGCCCGAUCCUGGGCCCCCUUCUUUUCGAAAACACCGCGUCUGACGCUCGCGACCAUCUCGCCAAUGAGCGCACUUUUCUUUCCUGGCUACGCCUCGCCAUCUACCUGGCCGUAGUCUCCUCUGCAAUCCUGGUGUCCUUCCAUCUCUCUUCAGCGCCCACCGCGCUUGAACUCCGAAUUUCCUUGCCCCUAGGCAUCAUCUUUUGGUGUUUGAGCUUGGCGUGUCUGGCCAGCGGCUUCUCCAUCUACGUGACUACUGUAACCAAGUAUAGUCGGAGAAUGGCGCUUGUGCAGAGUGGAUGGAAGACGCAGGCCAUGCUCACUGUUAUGGCUACUGUGAUUAUUGGUUGUUGUAUUCUCUUUUUGGCUACUGAAUCGAGGAUCAAGUAA